UCGCGACCCUUAACGACAGCCGGCGAACACGACUGCGCCGCAUUUACGUUUCGGCAGUCGCGAAGCGCAAGCCGACUACAAUCGUUUCUCUUACGCUGCUCUGUCCGCCGCUUAUUCUCUCUUUUUCUCGAUACGGAGUGUCCGGAAUUGCACAUAAAACCGGCACGAUCCUGUUCCAGAACCCGCCUGUUGCAGUCUUUCAAUACUGAUUCUCCAAUCAGCGGAAUUCAUCGAAUCUCUUCAAAAUCGCGCCUCAGGAUCAGUUCGGGACUUUCUGAACUCGAAGAGCUUCAAUAAAUUCAACGACUGCGGCCUUGUGUCAAGAAUCUUCGGUGCUCUGUCGACGACUCUGUCGUUUUUGAUUCGUUCUCGCUUAUUGCCUUCUGUCGUCAUUGCAUAUUCUCCCGAGGAAGAUGACUGGUCUGAAGGUGCGCGUAGAUUCGCCAAGAUUGCGUUACACGAACGACUUCAUCGAAGCAGAAUACGAAUAUCAGACGACAAGCGUGACCGAGACCGGCGACAACAAUGACGACGGGGAUGUAUACACGGUGAAGCCCACAUCGACGAAAUUACUGAUAAGAACUAUGAUAAAAGUCCCCAAGUUAGGUUUGAUGCUAGUGGGUUGGGGUGGUAACAACGGCAGUACUGUGACAGCGGCCCUGCUGGCAAACAAGCUUAAAUUAUCAUGGGAGACGAAGGAGGGUGUGAAGUUUGCAAACUGGUACGGCUCUCUGACGCAAGCAUCCACCCUUCGACUCGGUAGAUCGAGCAAAAAAGAGGUGUACGCACCCAUGUCCAGCAUGUUGCCCAUGUUGAAUCCGGACGAUAUCGAGAUCGACGGCUGGGACAUCUCUGACAUGAAUCUCGCAGAGGCAAUAGCGCGCGCCAAGGUUUUAGACGUGAAUCUACAGUUGCAGCUGCGACCGCACAUGAUGCACAUGCGUCCACGCAAGAGUAUAUAUUAUCCCGACUUUAUCGCCUCGAACCAAAAUAAAAGAGCGAACAACGUCAUUUCGGGGACCAAGUCGGAGCAAUUGAAGUUGAUCCGCGACGACAUCAUGCAAUUCAAGGCCGCGAAGAAUCUGGACCAGGUGAUCGUUCUGUGGACCGCCAAUACCGAGAGAUUCUCAGAUAUAAUCACAGGUGUUAACGACACCGCUGACAACCUACUGAAGGCGAUCGAAGAGGACCACUCGGAGAUCAGUCCCAGCACUAUGUUCGCUGUAGCAGCGGCUCUAGAAGGAUGUACCUAUAUCAACGGCUCGCCGCAGAACACGUUCGUGCCAGGUGCAUUUGAACUAGCUGAGCGGCAGAACACUUUCAUCAGUGGCGACGACUUCAAGUCCGGUCAGACGAAGCUCAAGUGUGUGCUCGUGGAUUUCCUCGUGUCGGCAGGCAUCAAACCGGUGUCGAUCGUUAGCUAUAAUCAUUUAGGAAACAAUGAUGGUUAUAAUCUGUCUGCACCGCAACAAUUUCGCUCGAAGGAAAUCUCCAAAAGCAAUGUCGUGGACGAUAUGAUAGAGUCCAACAAGAUCCUUUACAAAACCGGAGAGAAACCAGAUCAUUGUGUCGUUAUCAAAUACGUUCCCUAUGUCGGUGACAGUAAGAGAGCCAUGGACGAGUACACGUCUGAAAUCAUGCUUGGUGGCCACAAUACCAUCGUCAUUCAUAACACGUGCGAAGACUCGCUAUUAGCGUCUCCCAUCAUACUUGAUCUCGUGAUUCUCGCUGAGCUCUGCUCUCGUAUCACUUUUAAACAAGCGGACGACACUGGAGAUUUCUCUGGCUUCCACAGUGUCUUGUCAAUAUUGUCUUACUUGUGCAAAGCUCCCCUUGUUCCCCGGGAAACUCCCGUAGUAAAUGCUCUUUUCCGACAACGAGCUGCUAUUGAGAAUAUCCUAAGAGCUUGUUUAUCCUUGCCACCAGAGAACAACAUGUUGCUAGAACACAAGAUCACUUUCGAGAUAUAAAAGAACUAAGAAAGUUGGAUUUGUGAAAGAUUGCCUUAUCAAAAAAAGGAUGCCCGCGAUGUUCUUAAGUUCGGUUUGCGAUCUUUUUAUUCUAAAAGUCCGGCAAAGAAUGAAAAUUUGUUGUGUCGGUCAAAAUCGAAUAGAAGACUAAAAGAGACGAGGAGAUUAGAAGGCAAAAUUUGGCGAGCUACUUUUUCGUGAUUUAAUUUACCUAUAAUGAGGUGAAUUGUAACAUGAAAAUGUUAAUUAACCAGCACUUGUACUUGAAGAUAUAAACUUUGUUAAGUUUAUGGCAGUAUGAGAUGGUUGAAAAAUAAUUCUAAUUAAAAAGAGCAGAAUUUAGUUGAAACAUGAUAUUCCCAUUUAAAAAUAUCCGUUAUGAAAUAAACAGAUUUCUCUUAUUUCGAAGCAGUUUUCGAAGUGUAAUUCCUCAUACGCGCUUUUUGUGUGUUAGAAGAUAAAACUAUAUGUUCCAUAUCUUUGCAAAAUCGUAGAUUAUCGUCACUCGAGUAACAAAAUUAUCAAAUCGUACUUUUUUGUUAAAAGAAUAAGAGAAUGUAAAAAAUGACAUUGCAAUUUCGCAAUUAUAGGCAGGGUACUAAAGAUAAUUCCGCUGAUAAACAAAUGAUAGAGAUUGCAUUUUUGUACCAAUUCUAUAACUUUUUUUUUUCCAUCGAGUACCUUUUCAAGUAUUAGUAUAUUAUCGUCACUUUUGCAUGCCGGAUGAGCUGUUAAAAACUACUUUUAUUGUUUUUUUUCAUAUUAAUUUCUUUCAUUUUAAUAUAAAAGAUAUAUUUCAAAAUACAAAUACUUAACAAAAUAUUUUAUUUUGUUCUGUUAUUAAAAAAGCAGUUGCUUUAAUAACUCAUCCAGUAUGCAUUUUCUCAUUGUAUCAUUCUUUCUCGUUCGGUUCUUGAAUUUAAAGAUCAUUCAAAAAUUUCUAUUUUUAUACAAAUAUACUAAGCAAAACUCUAAUUAGAUUUCUUUUUUUAAUAAUCAUUAAUUACACAGAACCAGAAAAAAAUUGUUAAGUAACUAAUCAGAGCAGGAUUUUUUUAUGGACUGUCGCUCACAAAAAACAAUGCCGUUGAUUAAAUUGCCCCAUCACAUCAGAUUUUAAAGUUAACUUGAAUUUUAUAUUGAAAAAUCAGCGAUUUUUAGAAAAAAAAUGUUAGAAAUUAGAUAAAUUAUGAUAAAUCGCUUGCCAUUAAUAAAAUAAUAAAAAUAGAUGAAUGCUUGUUUUUUAUACAUUAAUUUGUUAAUAACAAAAAAAAUAACAAAAUUAUCUCGCAAAAAAGUUUGGCAUUGUUUUUUGUAAACGAAAAUCUCGAUCUAUCUAUUUUCUGCAUUAUUAAUUAAUUAAAAAUAUUUUAAUUCUCUUUUUCAGUUUGUAUGCUUCGUAAUGAUAAUGUUAUUAAUGUUUUUGCAUUUAACAUAAUUAUUAUUAAACUUGAUCUACAAUGUUCUCUGCUUCCUAUUUCUUUUUUUUUUUUGACACAAACCUUAAUCUAGAAAAAGAUUUAAGUCAGAAAAGACAGAGAACAAGAAACAGGAAGCAAAGAACACAUUGUAAAUUAAGCUUUACUGUCGCAUACGAAAAUGAUAACUUGCAGUAUUAUCGUCAUACAGUCCUUUCGUAAAAAUAUUUAGUGGCGUACACGUCACACAUCGCGAUGAAAGAGACACGCGAUUUCAUCGUUCUUCAAAAGUCGUAUUUUGCCCAAGUGUUUCCUUAUUUUUCUGAUCCUCGAGCACUGGCAUAUGUCGACAUAAGAUACGUGGUUAACGAGGUCUGGAAUGCGUCUCGGAAAAUUUAUAUUUCUCAUUCUUAAGAAAUAAAAAGUAAAUUGUAGAUUAUAAUAUAUUUAUUACGAUUAUAAUAUAUUAUUGUUAAUUAUUGUUAUUUUCUUAAAAAUAAGUUUAAAAUAUCCUUUAAGGUUUUUUAACUAAUCGUGUUUUGAUAUCUAAUCAUAUAUCACAAUGUACUAAUUCAUUUUCUAUUAAUUAAACUUAUUAUUUAUUUUCUAUUAAUUAACCUUAUUGGUCUUAAACUAUAUUACUUAGAGCUUAGAAAUUGAUUACUUGAAUUUUUAUAAAUUAAUACUUGUACUCUUAUUGUAUUUCGCAGCAGAUUUUGCUUACAAUGUGGCUGGAAUUUCUGAAAAUGUUAUGUAACGAAAUAUGAGACAAGUCCUGGUGUUCGAAGAUCGAGAAGCAGUCAGUAGUAAGUGUUUUAACAACGAUGCAAACUCCUCGUUCGCAAAUAUGUAUCGACACUUAGACCUGAAUUUUGUAAUUCUCUUAUAUUUAUGCAGAAUGUAUACAUUCUAUUUUAUAGCGAAUAAAACAUCGAAAGCAAAUCAA